AUUGUAGGGGAGGCGAGCAUUCGAGAUCGCGCUGUUCCAUUCGGGAACCACAACUCAAUCUAGUUUCAGCUUAGAUGAUAUGUCUUGAUCCUGGUGGAAAUCGAUGAGUGUACUCCAGCUCAGUGGUCUCUACCGAAGGGCAUCACGGGUGCAACUUCGCGUUCUCAGCAGGUGGAGUUGCAGCUUUGGAAGAGUCGGCGAAGAUGACGCGAAAUCGAUACGCGCGAAGGCGAAGGAUAUCAAGACCCCCAGGCUGGAGAAAUUCGUCUUAGCAAUGCCGAGAACUUUCCAACCCUACCUCCGUUUAAUUCGCUUCGAACGUCCCGUGGGAACAUGGCUGACCUUACUUCCCGGUUUAUGGAGUCUCACGAUGGCCACGCCGGCGGGACAACUCCCGGAUUUGCACUUGAUCGCACUGUUCGGCGGUGGCGCGUUCUUAAUGAGGGGGUUCGGUUGCACAAUCAACGAUAUGUGGGACAAAGACAUAGACAAAAAAGUUGAGCGAACCAGAGCACGACCUCUAGCCUCUGGUGAGCUCUCAAGGUGGGACGCCCUGUGGUUUUCGGCUGGGCAAGCUGGAAUGGCCUGCCUCAUUCUGCUACAGCUCAACUGGGAGAGCGUCCAACUCGGCGCCGCCUCAGUCGGACUUGUUGUUCUGUAUCCGCUGAUGAAGAGAUUCACCUACUGGCCGCAGGCUUUCUUAGCCGUUGUAUUCAACUGGGGUGUUCUUCUGGGUUUUUCCGCUGUGCAGGCUUCCGCUAUGAACUGGGCAGCGGCCCUGCCCUUGUAUGCCGCGGCCUUCUCGUGGACAAUGGUCUACGAUACAAUAUACGCACAUCAGGACAAACAUGACGAUCUCAUGAUCGGAGCGAAGUCAACGGCACUCAAGUUCGGCUCCAGAACUCCCCUGUGGUUGGGUGCGUUCACGACCUCAAUGACAACGAACCUCUUGCUAGCGGGAGUGAAUAGUGGGCAGACUUGGCCGUAUUACUCGGCAGUCGCCCUCGCGGCAGCGCGAAUUCUACAGCAGUUGUACACCCUGGACACAUCGAAUCCUGAAGAUUGCGCCAAGAAGUUUGUAUCAAACAAGAACGUCGGUCUUCUCAUUUGGGGCGGCUGCAUAGCCGGAACUCUCCUGAAGACCGCCUGAGUUGAUGAUUAUUAUCGAGAACAGACGGAUCUCCUCCCUCUACAACGAAGACUCACCAGCGAGAGCAGCGACUGCGGAUCGUGUGAUUCUUUUGUUACGUUUUGUUGUAUUUUCUAUUGUGAUAAGUGAUAAGAGAAGCGCAGACGCCGGAAUAGAUUCCCAAAGCUUGAAUUAGGCACGGACGGGAAUCUUGAAUCGCCCGUUUUAAUUUAUGAAAAUCUGGUGAAAGAAAUCUUAGUUAUUUUGAAUAAAGUCUAUUGAUUUUAUUUAUU